AGAUAAAUUUGACCCAUUCUUGCCUCUGACCUCAGUGUUGAGACUGCUCUAUCCUCUCCUUUCCCAUUCCCCCCGGCUAGGUGUUCAUCCGAGGAUACACCUGGAAGAAGAGAAAGUUCUAAGAAGCUAGGAGCAUCACAGGCUUGAAGAUUCUCCCUCUUUUCUUGUGAUGCAGCUGUCGAGCAUCGAUCUCGCUUCAAGAGGGUCUCAAUUUUGAAUCAGGCUAACAGAUUCAGAGUAUAUUCAGCAGCGCUUCAGUUCCUGAAAGCAUAACAAACUGAGGAUACUUUCAGAAAGCAUGGAGCUAUUAGCAUUUCUGAUCAUUUUAUUGGGAUGCCUACAAUCUUUUGUAGCUUCUGACUUCCAAGUCGAAGUACUGUACGAAAUGAGGAUGCAACUCAACGACAAUCGUGGUAUCCUAAAAGACUGGAAGGAUAAUCAAAUGAGCCCCUGCUAUUUGGGUAGUGUUACUUGUAAUCAAGACAACAAAGUUAUUGAGAUAACCUUGAGCUCAUCUGGGUUAACAGGAGUCUUGUCGCCCAGCAUUGCAAAGCUAACAACUUUACAACAGCUGUUAUUGGACGGCAACAGCAUAACUGGAGGGAUUCCUCAGGAGUUUGGCAACCUAUCAAGUUUGACAACUCUCAAACUAGGAAGAAAUAAUUUAAAUGGCUCGAUACCUGACUCUCUUGGCCGUCUUUCAAAACUCCAAAAUCUAGAUCUAAGCCAAAAUCUCUUAAGCGGAAAUAUCCCAAGCUCUUUCUCAAAUCUUCCAUCACUGAAUGAUAUUAAUCUUGCAUAUAACAAUCUUAGCGGUGAAAUACCAGAACAGCUACUUCAGGUGGCUGAAUACAACUAUACAGGCAACCAUUUGAAUUGUGGCCAACAUUUAUUUUCAUGUGAAGGAGGCAGCACAAGGACAGGAGGAUCAAGAAACUCCAAGGUCAAGGUGGUUCUUGGAUCUGUUGGUGGAGCAGUCACUCUCCUUGUCGCUGUAGUUUUAUUUCUGCUAUUGUGGCAAAGAAUGCAUCAUCGACCAGAAAUAUACAUUGAUGUUUCAGGUCAGAAUGAUCACAAACUAGAGUUUGGGCAGAUAAAGCGGUUCUCAUGGAGAGAGCUCCAGAUUGCAACCAACAAUUUCAGUGAACAAAAUGUUCUUGGCAAGGGUGGUUUCGGUAAGGUGUACAAAGGAGUUCUUCCAGGUCCAGACAAUAGAAAGGUUGCAGUGAAACGACUGUUUGAAGUGGAAAGAGCUGAAGGGGAAAUGGCUUUCCUCAGAGAGGUUGAAUUGAUAAGUGUUGCUGCGCACAAGAAUAUAUUAAGGUUGAUAGGAUUCUGCACGACUCAAAACGAGAGGCUAUUGGUCUACCCUUUCAUGGAGAAUCUGAGUGUUGCUUCCCGUUUAAGAGAUAUAAAGUUAAACGAACCAGUGUUGGAUUGGCCAACAAGAAUGCAAAUCGCUCGUGGUGCUGCCCGUGGUUUGGAAUACCUUCAUGAGCACUGCAAUCCCAAGAUCAUCCACCGUGAUGUCAAAGCUGCCAACGUCCUGCUUGAUGAGAACUUUGAAGCAGUGGUAGGAGACUUCGGGUUGGCGAAGAUGAUGGACAUAGGGAGGAAUACAGUCACGACCGAGGUUCGUGGUACAAUGGGCCACAUAGCUCCUGAAUACAUGAAGAGAGGUAGGCCAUCAGUGAAGACAGAUAUCUUUGGAUAUGGUGUCCUGCUGUUAGAGAUUGUGACAGGAGAGCGAGCACUCUUCCCUGACAUUAUGGAAGGAGCAGGCGAGGUCAUGCUCAUCGACCAGGUCAAACGAUGGAUGGAAGAAGGGCGGCUGCACGACAUUGCAGACGGCAACCUAGGUGGUGUAUACGACCUUGAAGAGGUGGAGAAGAUUACCCAGAUAGCGCUCCUCUGCACCCACAUGGAUCCUGAUCAACGCCCUGAAAUGUCAGAGGUUGUGCAGAUGCUGGAAGGAGACUUUGUCCCGGCUGAGCGGUGGCAGGAGUGGCAGGUGUCUGAGCUCACCCGGAGACAGCAGUAUGAGAUGAGGCAGCAAUGCAAGCUCUUCAGCUUCAGUGAGGAGUCUCUCAACAUCCAGGAAGCCAUUGAACUGUCUGCUGGCAGAUGAGCUGCAAGAUCAUCAUAAAAUGACAUGAAUCUCACUUGUUCCUUCAGUAUAAAGGGUGCAAAGGAAACUUCAGAAGUACACACGGCACCUUUUGACUAUUAGGAAUAGUCUAUAGGGUCUAAUAUGGUAGUUUGCAUCAGUAACUGCAUCCAUAUGCUAUGAACACAACUGCUGCCGGUACUACAAUUAUGAACUAUAAACUAUUUACAUUUGAUUCGAGGAGCAUACUGUAUUAAUUGGUAA